AUGAGAGAAAAAGAGGAAUUGGAGAAAGAACUUAACGAAAUAAAUGAUGAUAAUCAAGAUUUAAAGGAUAAAAAAAGAAGAUCGAUAGAUAAAAUAAAAGAAAAUGCUCGUGAAAUAACAAAGAAAUUUCUACAAGAAAGAGGAAUGAAAUGGAUAGAAAUGAGUGAAGUGCAAGCUACAAUAAUUGUUUCCGCAUUAGUUGCUGAAAGAGGUAAAAAAGAACUGGAAAAAUUAGUUAGCAAUGCAAAAAACAAACUAGGUGAAGAAUCAGAGUUUAUUCUGAAAAUAUUACUAAAAGUCCAGAUGGACAUUAUUAAAUCAGCCGAUAAUUCCUUGAAAAAGAGUCUAGAAAACUUGCAGGAUUCCUUAAGCAAAAAACUAAACAAAAAAGAAAUAGAAGAGAUUUGCCAAAAACAAAAGGAAGUAGUACAGUUAGAGGAAGUUAUAAAAACGCUAGGAAAGGAAGAAGAAUUAGUUACACAAGUUGAAAAUUUAGUAGAAUUGGAAGAAUUAGGAAGAAUAAAAAAGCCUAUAGAAGAUAUCGAAAUUUUGUCAAACCUUAAAAAAAUUCUAAACGCCGUUUUAGAAGUAAGCAAAGAAAAUACUGAAUUAAAAGAACAAUUGUUAGAACUAAGAGCAGAAAUUAAUGAACUCCUCGCUGAUGAGCGAAUUAUAAGAAUAAAAAUAAUAAAAAAAACGGCUAAUUUUUUGAACACGAAGAGAACUCUUAUAACCAUUCGUCAAGGAACUAUUACAAGACUAAAAGACUGUUGUAAUGAACUAGAGACUUACAUCAACGAAAGAUAUUCCAAGUUUAGUGAAGCAGGUAAUAUGAUUAGUGCUAUAGGAACAGCACUUAGCAUUAGCCCUGCUGAAGCGGGGAAUCCUGUCAAAGCAGCAGGAGAAAUAAUUAUUUCUAUAAAUAAUUCCUAUAAAAGAAAUUUCUCUGCUAAAUGCAGUGAAGAAUUUCAAGAGCAUCUAGAAAAUGACAAAGACAGUUUACUUUGCUUUAAUAAGUCAUUCGGCUAUUUGAUUAGUACUAUUCAGGAAAGCAAAGAACAAGAAAUAAUCUCCGCUAUUGUUAGUAUUCUGAAAUUGGAGGAUAAACUGGAGAGUACAGAAAUAAAGUCGCUUAGUGCUGAUUACGAAGUUUUUGAUGUUACUAAUAAUAUUUGA